GUGGACACCAUGGACCUGCUCUCGGCUCUGAGCCUGGGCGAGUUGGCGCUCAGCUUCUCACGGGUGCCGCUCUUCCCAGUCUUCGACCUCAGCUACUUCAUCGUUUCCAUCCUCUACCUCAAAUAUGAACCAGGUGCAGUCGAGCUGUCCCGGCGCCACCCCCUGGCGUCCUGGCUAUGUGCUAUGCUGCACUGUUUUGGGAGUUACAUCCUGGCUGAUCUGCUCCUCGGAGAGCCUCUGAUCGACUAUUUCAGCAACAACUCCAGCAUCCUAUUGGCCUCUGCUGUCUGGUACUUGAUUUUCUUCUGUCCCCUGGACCUAUUCUACAAGUGUGUCUGCUUCCUGCCUGUCAAACUUAUCUUCGUGGCCAUGAAGGAGGUAGUGAGAGUCCGCAAGAUCGCAGUGGGUAUCCACCACGCACAUCACCACUACCACCAUGGGUGGUUCGUCAUGAUUGCAACUGGGUGGGUCAAAGGUUCUGGCGUUGCCCUCAUGUCCAACUUUGAGCAGCUACUCCGAGGGGUCUGGAAGCCCGAGACCAAUGAGAUCCUGCACAUGUCCUUCCCAACCAAGGCCAGCCUGUAUGGAGCCAUCCUCUUCACCCUUCAACAGACCCGCUGGCUCCCAGUGUCUAAAGCCACUCUCAUCUUCAUCUUCACUAUGUUCAUGGUAUCCUGUAAGGUAUUCUUAACAGCCACUCACUCUCACAGCUCACCUUUUGAUGUCCUGGAGGGCUACAUCUGUCCUGUGUUGUUUGGGGCAGCCUGCGGGAGUGACUAUCACCAUGACAACCAUGGAGGGCCCCAUGGUGGUUCCCACAGCGGUGGUGGGCUGGGUGCCCAGCAUUCAGCCAUGCCUGCCAAGUCCAAGGAGGAGCUGAGUGAGGGCACCAGAAAGAAGAAGACCAAGAAAGCAGAUUAGGGGCUGGCCUGGGGAGAGGACCCUGACCCAGGACAUUCUGAACUGGGAGACGUCCUGGGCUCAGAUACACCGUUUCCUGUCCUCAUCUGAGAGAUGGGGCCAUCAGUCCACCCUCCAGGGAUGAUGUGGGAGUUAAAUAAGAUAUGGGAGUGAAGGACUUUUGGAGGAAUGGAGGGCCCCACUCUCUCUGCCAGGCCCCCAUAGAGCUUUUAAGGGGCACGAGCCAGCACACAGAAUCUCAUCAGCAGCUCCAGCCCAAACCCCCAGCAGUUAGAUUCUUGGUUCUAUUUUUUCUUCUCUAAAAUUGCACCUUGACUCCAAAAGGAUCCCGAGCCAUAUUGAGAUUCAUUCAUCUGAUGGACAUUUCCUAAGUACCUGCUGUGAGCCCGGUGCUGUGAUUUUGAAGUCUCUUCUUACCUACACUCCUCUAGACUUUGUCCUGUGCCCAAAAUGUUCUGACUCCUGCUGGACGUCCCUGGGCAAGUUACCU